AUGUCGUCCGCCGGCGCGAGCGCGCUGCCGUGGCUGCGCAUGUUCCCGCCCUCGAUCACGUUCGAGGACGUGGAAGCGAACGCGGUGCACACGACGACGGUCACGCUCACGAACGCGGACGCGCGCAUCCACGGCGUGAAGAUACUCAAGCCGACGAGCAAGAAGUUCCACCUCGUGUCGCGCGAUUUCGUCGCCGUCAAGCUCGCGCCCGGGAUGAGCACGUCGUUCGAGCUCGCGUUCAGCACGGACCACGAGGAGUCCUUCUACGACACGCUCGUCAUCCAAUCCGACGCCGGGACCGCGACGAUGCCGCUCGCCGCGCACGCGCCGUGCGGCGACGCGGUCGUCACCGGCUCGCUGGACAUGGGCGUCGUCGUCGGCGGGCGCGCGGUGACGACCGAUCUGACGAUCCGAAACCGCGGCCCGCGACCGGCGAACUUCACCGUGGACUGGGACCGCACCUGGGGACAGGUGAUUCGAAUCGAUCCCGCGAGCGGCGUCGUCGGCCCCGCGCGAGACGGCCAAGCCGGGAUCGCGAAGGUGUUCGUGACGUGCGCGCCGGGGGCGAAUCUGACGUCUGUGACGACUCCGGUGGAGGUGACCCUCGACGGGCGAUUAGGACGCCCGACGACGUUCCACCUCACCGCGGCGGUGGUGCCGCACACGUUCGAGAUAUUGGAGAACGUCCCGGGCGGGGGCGUCGCGAAGACGCUCGGGUUCGGCACCGUGCUGUUCGGCGAGACGAGAGAGCGGACGGCGGUGGUGUACAACAACGGACCGGCGCCGGUGGAAUUCGCGGCGAGCUGCUCCGCGGCGCCGUUGGACGACGUCGCCGCCGCGAAAGCGGCGGCGAGCUCCGUGAGCGCGUCCACGCGGUUCGAUGACAUCGUCCCGGGGGUCGUGGACCUGCGCGGGUGCGUGGACGCGUCGCUGACGUUCGGGGACGCGAAGGGCACGCUCGCGCCGUACGAGAAACGCGUCCUCACGUUUUCGCUCUCGCCGACCAUCGCGACGCCGACGAAAGGGUUCAAAUCGAAAGACUCCGCGCUCGUGGGCGAGUCACGAGAGAUGAAGUACCUCGCGAUCGUGUCGUUCAAAGGUCACGACACGCGCCUCGCGCUGCCGAUCACCGCGCGCGCGGUCGCGGGCUGCCUCGCCGUGGACCCGCCGCUGUUGGACUUUGGCCCGAUCGCGUCGGACGACGUCGGCGACCACCUCGUGACGAUCAAGAACACGAACAAGGAGAUGCCCGUGGACUUCACCGCGCCUAGGAUCAAGUUCUUCAAGACGACGCCCUCGAGCGGCGUCAUACCCGCGGGGCAGCAAGUCUCCGUGGUGGUGCGGUACGAGCCGAAGAAUCUCGGCGCGCACAAGGAGCGCCUCGCGAUCAACGCGCUCGGCGUCAACGGCGAGAUCAUUCAGACGACGACGCUGAUCGUGAAGGGGGUGUCGCACGAGCCCGGGGAGAAGUGGAGGCCGCUCCCUGGUGGGACGAUGGCGCUCCCGGAGGACUUCGUGAAGCAGAGGAAGUACGUCAACCCGAUGGACGUGACGCGCGCGACGAUCGCGAGGAGCAAAGCCGGGCGAGGGACGCGGCCGCCGACGCUAGAGAGGAGCGAGACGAUGCGCCUGUACGAAGCCGUGGACAGGAACGAGACGUUUGGAUUCACGCUCGAGCAGGCGACGGCGAAGGAGCGGAACAAGAGCGGGUACGUGGAGUACCUUCGCGCGCGUCGGACGCAGCGCGUCGGCGCGAAGGUGGACCCCACGGACGACCUGUCGUUGGGUUUGCGAGACAAGUGCGGCUUGCGCGACAACGGACCGCCGCUGCCGGACCCGCGCGAGCCGCUCUGGUUGGACCCGAACGAGACGGCGCGUCCGAUGAAACAUUUGCGACCGAAGACGAUCUCGCAGCACGUCGCGGAGGCGAAAGAGCUCGACAUCGCGAGGAAGCACAAGGAGCACCCGACGACGGCGCGGGAGAUGAAGGAGUGCGGUCGCGUGCUCAUCCCGAAAGAAGUCGCCAAGCUCACGAUGGGUCCGUCCACGUUGGACUUCGGCACCGUCUGCGCGCUGAGCACGAACACGAAGUACUUCCCGGUGACGAAUCGCACGGAUCAGUGCGUGUUCGUGGAGGUGGACGCGGAGGCGGCGUCGCCGUGGCUGCGAGGCAGCGGCCCGCGAUCGCAAGUCGUCCCUCCGGGCGAGACGGCGUCGUUCGCGCUGCGCCUGCGCGUCCCGGAGGCGACCGCGGGGGUGCGCGUGCCGAUCGUGUACACGGUCAACAGCAACGCGAACACGCGGUACUCGUUCGACGUCGUCGCGAACGUCGUGCCGGUCACGAUCAAGCUGAACAACGAGUCGCUGUCGUUUCGAUUCGCGCAGGAAAACUGGGAGGACGUCGUCGACGAGACGCUCGUGCUGUCGAACCAGGGGAGUUACCCGGCGGAGUUCGAGUGGAAAGCGCCCCCGGGGUGCGCGUUCACGGUCUCCCCAUCCAGCGGCGUCGUCCCGGGGUGCGCGUCCAAGCCCGUCGUCGUGACGUGGCUGCCGCAGAGGAUCGAGGGCGGCAAAGGCGGCGGCGUCAACGCCGCGGAUCUCGAGUUGAGCGUCGUCGGAAACCCGGAGCCGAUCGUCGUCCCGUGCUCGGGGGAAGCCGGCGAGCCCAGGGCGCGGUUCAAGGAGAAGCACUUAGACCUGGGGACGUGCGCGGUCGGGUUCACGACGCACCGCAGCGUCUCGAUCGCGAACUUGGGCGAGGUGGACGCGGUGUUUUCCGUGCUGCCUCUGCACGACGGCGCGCCCGUCUCGUGCGAGCCGACGCGGGGGAGAAUCGCGGAGGCGUCGUCCAAGGAGAUCGAGAUCACGUGCUACUUCGACGAGCCCGGGUCGCACGAUUUCCCGCUGUGCGUCAAGCUCCGCGGCGGCAAGAUCAUCAAGUGUAGGGUCACCGCGGAGGCGAUCGUGCCGGUGGUGUCGGUCAAGCAGAAGCGGUUCACGUUCGACGACGUCUUCGUCGGCGGCGUGCGUCGGCUGCCCGUCACGGUGACGAAUCACAGCGUCAUCGACGCGACGUUCGUGAUCAACCUGAAGAAGUUCCCGGAGUUUUCCGUGCAGCUCCCGAGCGAGAACUGGUCCGAGGACGUGUACGAGGAAGGCCCGCCGAUCGUUCGCGCGUCCGAGAACCCGGACUCGCCGCCGGACACGGUCAGCGGCGCGCGGCCGAUGCCGGGCGCGCCCGCGAAGGAGCUCGCGUCGACGACGGCGGCGGGCGACGGGUUCGACUACGCGCUCGUCGUCGCCGCGAACGCGUCGCUGACGUUUAACCUCGUGUUCCGACCGACGGUCGAGAAUACGCACGCGUUCGCGCUCCCGCUGUUCUUGCGGAGCGUCGACCUCGUCCUGGACGAGAACGUGCAGCGGACGGUGCGGGCGCGGAGCGAAGCGCCGCGGCUGGCGAUUUCGCCGUCGACGUCUAUAUUUUUCGGACCGAGAAUUCUUCUGCGAGAGGGGUUCCGUAAGAUACCGUACGCGCACGAGAUGACGCUGACGAACAACGACGACUCGAAGAACACGAUGCAGUGGUCCUUCGGCGCGUGCGUGAACGAGAACAACCCGGCCGGCCCCAAGCCGGACGCGCACGCGAAGUGCGUGCGGUUCGAGCCGUCCUUCGGCUCUCUCGCGUAUGGCGCCAGCAUCGUCGUGAAGUGUUACUUCGAACCUCUGCACGCGCUGCCGUACGACGUCACCGUCCCGGUGUACCUGGACAACGUCAAAGACGUCGCGUACGAGACGCUCGAAGUCAACGGCGUCGGGUGCCACCCGAAGCUGACGUUCGACGUGAAGGAGGUUGUCCUCGCGCCGACGCCGCUGGGCGUCGCGACGACGCGUCGGUUCAACCUCGUCAACGACGGGUACGGCAACGUCGAGGUAUCGUGCCGGCUCCCCACGGACACGGCGAAGAUCCCGAUGGAGGUGUCGUUCCCGGAGGGUAAGAACAUCGGCCGCGCGAAGCCGAUUCUUCCGGUGGACAUCACGUUCAAGAGCAGGAAGCCGAUUUCAUUCACCGCCGACGUCGACUUUUUAGACGAGGACGCGCGGCGAUUCUCCAUCCCCGUCAGCGGCACCGCGGACAACUGCCUCCUGACCCUGGAGCCGUUCAUGGCUGCGAACGCGGAUCUGAAGCUCGUCGGCGACGAGGGACGGCCCGUGCUCGUCUCCGAGCCGGAGACGGUGGAGGUGCCGUCCGCGUCCGCGGUGGAGUCCGGGGUGAACGAGCGUCUGCUGAUGAACUGGUUGAACUGCACGACGUCGAUCGGGCCGUUCGACGACAUCCCGGGGAAUUUCAUCGAGUCGAAGGGGAGGCUCAUGACCGAGCUCGUGGAGUACUGGAGCGGGCACCCGGUUCCGGGGAAGAUCGGCAGCGGGAAGGUGUUGGUCCUGAGCGCGAAGAAGCGCGAAGCCGCGGAGCAGCUCUUGGAGCAAAACGAAAAGCUCUUGGGGUUCUUGAAAGCACACGGCGCGCUGUUAAACUCCGUGAAACCGGAGAUGCUCUUGGACCCGAUGGACUUCCAUCGCGUUCUCGAUCGCCGCGUCGCGAAGUACUACUCGCACGCGAACAAAAACCCGGACGAGACCGAGGGCGCGGCGCUGAAGCACUGGGUCGCGUUGGACCGAGACCGCGCCAGGUUCGUCUCCGCCUCCGCGGCGGCGUACCGCGCGACGUUGACGCAAAUCAUCAAGAUUUUCGUGCUCUCGCGCGUCACCCCGAAGCAGUUCAAGACGAUGCCCGGGGUGGACCCCGCCGUGAAGGAGACCCCGGACGGAACCCUGAGCGGCUCGCAGGUCUUCUCCGUCGCGGAGGGCAUCCUCCUGAAGUGGUUGUCGUACCACAGCGAGAAGAUCUUCAAGAGCGAGGCGAGACGCGUCGUGAACUUUUCCUCAGACUUGAAAUCCGGCUCCGUGUUUUACGCCACGCUCGUGUCGCACUGGCCUUCGCUGAAAGAGCACGGCGGCGGGAUGUGCCGCGACCCGAAGACCAACGGCGAUUACCUCGCGAACGCGGAGUGCGUUCUCGGGAUGCUCAAGGCGGUGAACAUGCCGUACCUGAUCACCGCGUCGCAGCUCGUCAACGCCAAACCCGCGGAGCGCGUGCUGUUCGUGCUGUUCCUGUAUAACACGCUCCCGCAGUUGAUACCGAAGACGAACAUCGAGUUCCCGUGCACGCUGCACGUGAAGACGACGAAACAGAUCGAGCUCACGAACCCGACGAAGAAGAACAUCGUGUACGAGGUGAGACUGGAGGGCGAGGCGGAUUUCAAAGUGGACGCGAACAAAGUGCGGCUGGGCCCGAAGGCGACCGCGCACUUGCCCGUGGCGCUCACGCCGCGGACGUCCACCCCGGGCGAGGCGAAGCUGAUGCUCUCGUGCAAUCGCGAGGGGUCCGCGCCGACGGCGACGACGCUCGUGUUUGGUCUCAAACCGAAGCUCGACGCCGAGGCGCCGUUGAGGCGAUUCAACUUUGACGCCAGCUGCUACGAGCAUGUGAUCACGACCGUGGAGCUCGAGAACCCGUUCCCGGGCGACUGCGAGUUCGCGAUCGAGGUGAAGAACUUCGACGCGGACGAGGUGAAAGCGGCCGCGGACGCGGCGGCGCUGGAGGCGGCGACGUCCGCGGGCGCGGGCGCGGGCUCGGGGUGGACGCGAGAACGCGGCGUCGCGCCCGCGACGACGGCGCGACUCACCGCGACAAACCGCCCGAAGGUCCCGAAAGUGGACUCGAGCCUGUUCCCGGAUCCGUUCGGGGUGAACCGCCGAUCGACGCGCGUUCGCAGAGGCGACGCCGUCGCGCUAUCCGUGUCGUACUUACCGUUCACGAUGGGCUCGCACGUCGCGCACGUCACGUUCACGGAUGCAAAGUACGGAUCGUUCGUGUACGAGCUCAACGGGACGUCGGAUUACCCUAUGCCGUUCGUGACCAAAAAGGAGACCGUGGAGAUCACGGCGCAGCAGAUUUUGGUGCCGCUCACGUACCAGAACGGGCCGUUCGAGGACGCGAAGCGGUCGUUCCUGGAGAAGCACCCGCUGAAUAAGUUCCAGGACCAGGUCGAUAAGCUUCGGUGCGCGGCGCCGUGGCCGAAAAAGAUUGAGUACCGUCUGCAGACGCACAGCAAGUACAUGGAAGUUCCGAAGGACCGGAUCACGCUGACGCUGAACGGCGCCAAGGCAAAGUCCGUCGUGGAGAAGAACAACAAAGGCGAUGUGGUCGUUCGCGAGAUCCCGGGCGAGAACGACAUGCCGAUCGACUUCACGCCGAAAGGUCCGGGGCGGUACCCGGGAAAAGUCGUGCUCGUGUCCCCGUACGACGUUCGCGUCAUCGAGGUCGAGUUCAACGCGGACGAUAAGGACACCGCGGCGUCGCUCGAGUUCGAGUGCGCGGCUAGGCAGGUGAUCACGCAGGACAUCCCGAUGGUGAACAACGGCCCGAGGGCGAUGACGGUGCAGAGCAAGUUUGAGGGAGACGUCUUCUUCACCGGACCGCGCGACCUCAUCGUCCCCGGCGGCCAGACGUUGAACUACCCGCUGUCGUUCAAACCCAAGGGCGCGGGCGAGUUCAACGGACGGCUGACGCUGUCCACGGGGACGACGGACAAGAGCGCGUACGUCUUACACGCGGUCGUGUCCGACCCGCUCGCGGAGGCGCACGUCAUCUUGCACUGCCAAGCGCGGACGAAGACGUCUCAGCGUCUGACGAUUCCAAACGUCUACGGCGUCACGCGCGGCGCGACGUACGUCGUCAGCAGCGACCUAGGGUUCGUCUCCGGGCAGUCCAAAGCGCACGCGAAGUGCGGAGGCGUCGGGUACUUCGACCUCGAGGUUCGACCGCCGUGCAGCGGGAAGCACUUGGGGACGAUCACGUUCACGGCGCCCAACGGGUACUACUGUUGGUUCACGCUGGAGAUUCACGCGACGCCGCCGCCGAGCGAGGACGUCAUCGCCAUGGAGGUGGCCACGCGACAGGCGGUCACGGUGAAGAUCCCGCUGUCGAACCCGACGGACUUCCCCGCGCUGUUCAAGGUGACGCACGAGGGGCACGGGGUGUUAGGGAGCGAGGAGUUCAGGCUCAAACCCCGGAGCGAGGGCGCGUACGAUUUGGCGUACUCGCCGUUGUUGAUGGGGAGGAGCCAGGGUUUCGUGACGUUCCGCGACGCGCGGCUCGGGGAAUUCGCGUUCGAGCUCGACCUGACGCCGCUCGAGGCGAAGCCGAUCAAGCUCCCGAAGAUGUCCGCCGCGGUCGGGCUGUUCGACUCCACGACCGUGUCCAUCGAGAACCCGCUCGACGACGAGGUCUUGCUCGACCUGAGCUGCGACAACCGCGCAAACUUUUCCUUCUCCCCGAACAAGGUGCUCCUCCCGCCGUUCGGCGUCGGGAAGUUCGACGUGCGGUACUCGCCGAGCAGCAUGGGGCCGGAGGAGCGCGGAACGAUCACCGCGACGAGUCAGCGCGCGGGGACGUGGACGUUCGCCGCCGUCGGCGUCGGCGCGCUGCCCGGGGACAUGCCCAAGCGCGACGUCUACGUCACGUGCGGCGAAACCGGGCACGACCAGAUUGUGUUUAAAAACCCGUUCGAUCGCGCGUUGACGGUGUCGUUAACGCUGGAGACGCGUACGUUCGCGGAGGACGACCCGUUCGCGAUCGCGGGCCUCAAGCGGCACAAGAACGUCUUGUUACCCGCGUUUGGGGUGUUACACGUGCCGUUCACGUUCAGCCCGAAGCGCAUGAUGCGUCACGACGCGACGCUCGUCGUCUCCGACGACGGCUCCGACCUCGCGUGGCGGUUCCCGAUCGUCGGCAGCCCGGAGGGCGCGCCCGACGGCACGGAGUACCACAUCGAAGGCAAGGCGCGAAGGCGUCUGGAGACGUCCAUGUCCUUCCGCUUGCCCGGGCUGAAGCUCAGAGGCAGGAGCGAGCGGUACACGCACGCCAUCGUGGCGCCGAACGACAUCGCGCGAGAGCACCUCGAACGCGCGCUCACCCUGCAGCCGAUCAAGUCCGCGAUCACGUCCGAGACUGACCCGCUGCACUUCGCGGUCGUCUUCCGACCGGUGAAAGCGAUCGAUUUUUGCACGUGCGAGCUCGUCAUCGAGAAAGCGUCCGGGGGACGGUGGCGGUUCCCCGUGCACGUCCGCGCGACGGAGCCGGAUAUCGACGGCGUGCUGCAGGUGAGCGCGUACGUCGGGGAAGUGAGCGAGACGACGUUCACGCUCGCGAACCCGGACCCGCUGCCGUGCAACUUCACCGCGUACUUCAACCCGGGGGGUCCGCAGGAGCUGACCGUGUCGCCGGAGUGCGGGUUGAUGCGCGCGAGCAAGGCGCGCGGGGUCUCCGCGGCGGCGCGGGAUCUGGGCCGGACGACGAUGAGAUCGGACGUCGUCACCGCGGGACCCGCGGACCCCGAGCUCGGCGGCGCGGAGUUUGUCGUGUCGUACGCGCCGACGUCGUACGGCAGCGACAUCGUGGGCGAGCUCAUCGUGCACACGCCGCAGACGCAGUGGACGUUCAAGGUGAUCGGCACCGUGCCCGAGUACGAUGCUCCCGAGGGGCGGAAGAAGGUGGUGACGAAGAUUUCGAGGGAGGUGGAGGAGAGUCUUCGACGCGCGCAGGACGAGAAGUGCGUUCGGGAGAGGACGAAGAACAUCGUGCACAGGAACGUGCGGGGGGGGUACACGAGUAAGGUGGCGCUCGGGACGUCGAAGUUGCGGAAGACGGAGGGGAGGAAGACCUGGGGGUUAAUUUGAGACGAGAGGGAGGGGGGCUAGCGGCGACGAGCUUGUAACUUAUGAAAACGAAAUUAGGGC